CCUCACGCUCGGCAGAGAAAAGCGCGCGCUCGUGAGCGCGGCGGCCUCUGUACGCCUGCGCCGCCGUUGCCGGGCACCCGCCGGCGAAAGGACAACACAGGCAAGGGGUGGGGGCCGCGGGGCUCCGGAAGGCCACCCUUUACCCGGAAAUGGUUGUAGAGGAACAUGGCGUUGCUGGUGCGAGUCCUUAGGAACCGGAUUAACAUUUCCCAGUGGGUUCCAGUAUGCAGCCGAUUGGUACCUGUGUCUUCUACACAGGGACAGUGGGGCAGGGCUCUGUCUGGUACUUUCCAGUGGCCUCAGGUGAGCCAGUCUCUAGAAUGUGGUGGAUCAGAACAGAUUCCUGGGAUAGAUGUUCAGAGGAGUAGGAAGUAUCACACCACAAAUAAGCUUUCUUCUACCAAGGAUUCUCCACAGCCUGUUGAAGAGAAGGUUGGUGCCUUCACGAAGAUAAUAGAAGCCAUGGGAUUUACAGGACCUUUGAAAUACAGUAAAUGGAAGAUUAAGAUUGCGGCCCUGCGCAUGUAUACUAGCUGUGUGGAGAAAACUGACUUCGAGGAGUUCUUUUUAAGGUGUCAGAUGCCUGAUACUUUCAAUUCAUGGUUUCUUAUAACUCUACUUCAUGUCUGGAUGUGUCUAGUCCGAAUGAAGCAGGAAGGCCGGAGUGGAAAGUACAUGUGUCGGGUCAUAGUUCAUUUUAUGUGGGAGGAUGUUGAGCAGCGUGGCAGAGUCAUGGGGGUUAAUUCUUAUAUCCUGAAGAAGAACAUGAUCCUUAUGACAAAUAAUUUCUAUGCAGCAAUCUUGGGAUAUGAUGAGGGGAUCCUUUCAGAUGACCAUGGGCUGGCUGCUGCCCUCUGGAGAACCUUCUUCAACCAGAAAUGUGAAGACCCUCGGCACCUUGAGUUGUUGGUGGAGUAUGUGAGGAAGCAGAUGCAGUACUUGGACUCCAUGAAUGGCGAGGAUCUACUUCUGACAGGGGAGGUGAGCUGGCGCCCUCUUGUGGAGAAGAAUCCUCAGAGCAUCCUGAAGCCCCAUUCCCCAACUUAUAACGACGAGGGUCUUUGAUAGGCUGGUGCUUCUGAACAGCUGGCCAGCUGGCUUUGAGGAGCUGCCAGGAGAGAGGUGCUUGUUUGGCCCAGAACCCUGCGGAAAGUGGCCUGAACUGACCUUUGAACAGCAUCUGUCAAAUACCUGGCCCCAUUUGUGUUGAUUUCCCUCUUAGUAAUGCCCAGGAGUCUGAUCUGGUGGGGUACAGUGCUGGAAGAACCCUUAGCUCUUCUGAGGUGUCCUCCCCCACAGGAGAAGCCUGGAGCAAGAGCUCCCCAGCACACACUCUCCUGGUCCCUUCUGGUGACUAUGUGAUUGACAGCUUUUCCCAAAGGCUGCAGAGGGAUGGGGAUAGGUUAGAAAGGGGGUACUUCCACCAAGGGUCCACCACGGCCGAGGGGCAGUUUGGAAUGCUGCUGAGUCAAGACGGGUAACCACGCUCUGUCCUCCGGCUUUGAGCCAUGGGGUUGAGUUGGCCAUUAAAAGAAUCAGAGACUUAUCUCUGCCAUGGCUCUUCUUUACUUUAGGGUUUUUAGAAACUUAUCUGAGAUGGCAGUUACCAUAAGCUGAGGAGCACCACCCAGCUCAGUUAGAGACAGGGAGAGUGAGAGCGUCAGGAGGGUCUCUGCUGCUGCUUUUGUCUCCAGUUCACGGAGAUGUCACUGUUCUGGCCAAGCCAUAGCCUGCCAGGCUCCAUCCUCUGGGACCCAGGAGGCCUCUGAUGGCCAAGGGGCUUGAAACAUCCUGAGUCUUUUGGAAAGAAGCUCCAAGAACAUAGGUCCCUUUGUCACUUCCCCGCUGAACGAGGUGAGGAACAUGUUCUCUUUCCUCUCUUGACUCCCUUUAUGUGAGAUACUGGGGAGAAGAGGAGAAAAUUCUUUCUGGCUUCGUUGUACCGGCCCAGCCCCGUGCCCCCCUUUCUAGCCCCGUCCCAACUUCUGGAGCAUGUGCUGCAGGGCCAGCUCGGUCUUGCACUUGAGGAUCGACUAGUCCCCUCCUUCCUGAGUGUGGGUCAUCUCUUGGGGGAUUUCUUUACAUUGAAGAAAGGGGGCGGGGAACCAUAGUGCCCCUCCCUCCCCCAUGAAACUUCCUUCAUUUAACUUGCUAUAAAUGAGUCAUAUAAAGAAAUUCUAUAUGGGUGAGGUAUAUCCCACUUCUGUGAAAACAUUACAAAUCAGACCGCCUUUUCUGAGUUUAUUUAAGAUGCUUUUGUUGCGAGCAGAGUUCUAGAGUGAAGCCCCCUCUGUGUGUGUGAGAUAGUAACACCUUGUAACUCAUUACAGCUGGGCACUAUUUACAUAAACCAGAGCCGAGCCAGGCAGGAAUUUGCUGAUUAAUUUAUUUUUAAUGGAGUGAAGUAUACCAUGCACCAAAAUAAACUUUACUGUGUGUA